UUCCUUAAAAAAGUUACAAAAGCUGCAAUGGACGGGAUAACAUUUGGACGCAUGUCGCUCCUGUGCACCCUGCUGCUCUGGGCACUGCAAGUAUGCAGCGGGGCUGUGACCAUGAAAGUGGCUCCUAAAGUGGAGGUGUUAAAAGAUGAGACUGCCAAACUGCCCUGCAGUUACACUGUCUUGCCAUCAUCAAGCAACACUAUUGUUGAGUGGUACAUUGAGGAGCAGGAAACCAGGAAGCGUGUGGCUUUCCGCUCUGAGGGUGGCGAGGCAAAAAGUGACGAGAAUACUCCCCUGUCUGGCCGGGUUACCAUCGGAGAGGACUUCACCUUGACUAUUACCUCUGUUCAACCCUCUGAUGAACUCAUCUUCUACUGCCAGGUCACUGCUGGCCCCGCUGGGGUCGGAGAUGCUUCCACUAUGCUCAAAGUCUUCCUUGCUCCGGAGAAGCCAGAACUCACAAAGCCGUCAAGCCAGGCCAUUUCUGUGGGAGAGACCACCAGCUCUGAGAUCGGCACCUGUGUGACGAUGAAUGGACAUCCCCAGCCUAGAAUCAUCUGGUUCAAAGAUGACCAGCCCCUACCUGAGGUCAAGGACAGGCACGAGAAGACCUACAUGAUUCCCUCAGUGGUGAAGGAGGCCUCGGGUCUUUUCACUAUCAAGAGCACCCUGUACAUGCAGCCCACAAAGGCGGACAAGGACUCUCUGUUCCAGUGCACUGUUGAGUACAGCAUGCCAGGAGACCAGAUCAAACAGAAGAAGUCCAACAGCAUCAACAUCAACCUCAACUAUCCUUCAGAGACCGCGACAUUCCACCUCCUCAACAAUAAUGCAGUCAAAGAGGGCGAUACUGUCACUAUGAAGUGCGAGACUGAUGGAAACCCUCAACCUGAUUUUGACUUCACUAAAAAUGGAGAAGAAAUUAUUGGUCUGAGUGGUGUCGUGAUGCUGAAAUCUGUCAAGCGCACAGACACCGGUGUGUACAUGUGCAGCGCCAUAGAUUUCGAUAACAUCGACGCUGAACUGAAGGGAGAGAUCACCCUCACUGUCAACUACAUGGACCCACUGAGUGUGACUCCGGUCGAACCUCAAGUUGUCAUGCUUGGAGACAAGGUUGAGUGGCAGUGUAAGACCAAGGCGUCUGCUCCUCAUACAGUUCAAUGGAGAAAGGGCUCUGAGGUACUCUCUCAGGAUGGCAUUCUGUCGAUAGGGAACGUUUCCUAUGAUAACGCUGGGGAGUACAUGUGUAUUGGAGACGUGCCAUCUGUGCCAGGACUGACAGCCGAGGCUAGUGUCAACCUCACCGUCAAAGGAAAGCCGAUGAUUGAGGCGCCAGUUGUUGGAAUGGUGGGGAAGGAAGGAGACAUGGUGACAUUAAAGUGCUCAGCCUACGGCUACCCUGCCCCUCAGUUUACCUGGAAUCCCUCAGGAAAAGAGUCGGUAUCAGUGGAAGGCAACAAGAUAGUGAGCACUGUGACCCUACAAGCCACGGCCGAGGUCAUGAAGAACGGAGUGACCUGCGAGGUCGCCAAUGAGCAUGGAAAAGAUAGCAAGGCCUUCCAAGUAGCUCUCAUAAAAGCAAUUGACAACGCCAACAGAGCUGACCAGCAGCAGGGAGGCUCCAGCGGGGUGGUGAUAGCUGUGGUGGUGUGCGUCCUUGUGCUCCUGCUGCUGGUGGCCCUCAUCUACUUCCUGAACAAGAAGAGCAAGCUGCCCUGCGGCAAGAAGGACAAGAAGGAAGUGGCCACUGGAGAAGUGAACAAUGACAUUGUGGUGGAGAUGAAGGCAGACAAGGCCAAUGAAGAGGCCGGUCUCCUCAACAAGAGACCGUCCACAGAACAGUGAUGAAACGAGACAAUGAACAUUACCAACUGAGGGAUGAAGGGAAGGAGGACAACAAUUAUGAAGACAACAGGGCUAAUUUUUAUUUAGAUUGGGUGGGGGACUUGCCAUGCUUGGCAUUGGGUAUGCUUGUUUUUUAACCUGGAGUAGACCUGUUGGGUGGAGUUUCUCCUCUUUUUUUAAAGAUAGAUUUGCUCUUAAAGACUCAACUCCACCCAUCUGUGCUACCACAGGUUUAAAACGGUACAUGUGCAAAAUCAUAAUGUGACAGCACUGGAUGGCAUUAUUAUCAUGGCUUCAUUUGAUCCUAGCUUCUUAUUCACCAAUCACAUCUUCGGUUUACUCCCUUGCAGAGUAGAGCUGCACAGUAAGACUUGGCAUGACGCAAUCCAAACACAGGGGCAGAAUUUUUUUACCUACCCCAAAUGAAACACAAAUUGCCAUUAAGCUUCUGUGUUAUUUGGAGUGUUUGUCUGCAUGCAAGUGUGACACUGUGAUAACUACUCUGUCUUGGAGUCUGCACUUAAAUUCUCUGCUUUCUGCUGGGUAUGUUGGGAUAAAUUAUCACAUGCUGCCAUUUUGUUUAAUUCACCUCAAUAACACGUGAUGAUUUACAACAGCUCACAUUUAAUCCCCAAAAACAUUAUUUGGCACACAUGACUUUAACAUGUCUGCUCAAAGAAGCUAUGUGUUUGCUUUAGUGAUGUUUUUUAAUUGCAUUUUUACCAUCUAUGAAUGUUUUUGUCCCCCCCCCCCCAAUAUCCCUAAUUAGCUUUCCUUAGAAUUGUCCAGGCAUUUAGUAAUGUCAAUCUUUUCUCUACAAUUGCUUGCUUUUUAAAUCCUGCUAAAAGCCACCAAACAAGCAAGCUAUUAGGUUGUACAAAUUUGUUCUUGCCAUUUCCAGCAUACUUGUAUAUUAUGUUAGUACAGCAAUCGUUCACUUGUUUUUUCCCUUGGGCUCCUGUAUUCUUUGUAAAUUCUGUUCUAAGUACUGAUUUACCUGUCUAUUGAGCAGGAGGUGUGCUGUGCAUCAUGUGUGGAGCUAAAAAUGUCUGUGGUUACUAAGCUGUUGGCCUGGGAUUGUAAUUGCUACCAUUUCUUUACAAGUCUCUCAAACAGCCUUCUUAUGGUGCUUUUCCACUAUACAGUUCUAGCACUACUCGGCUCGACUCGACUCGGUACGGUUACAGGAAUGACCUUUUCCAUUACAAAAAAGUGCCUACUCAACGUGGGCGGGGUUGUCAUAGCACGGCUCCGCGAAACUGCCGUGACUUUGUUUUAUACGUGACACAAAACACAUAAACAAUGGUGGACAUUUGCUCAGCUCGCUUGGAACCUCACCAGAGCAGGUACUAAAAAAGUACCAGGUACCAGGUACUAUCCCUAGUGGAAACGCAAGAAAAAAACGAGUCGAGUCGAGUCGUGCUGGAACUGUGUAGUGGAAAAGCGCCAUUAGUCCUCUUCUUCUGGAUGAAACGAUUCUCACAAGCACAGCAUGGAGCAGUUAUUCUCAGAAAGCCAAAUUAUCAUCAGCUUUCACUGUAAAAUUGGUGGAAUGUGUUGAAAUGGUCGACAAUCUCAAGCUGUGGCCUGUCAUGUUGUCAUUUUCACAUGACAACAAAAUGGGACUUUUAGGCGCUACGGCGCAGUAGUCACAGAUUUACUUGUUAGGAGAAAUCACUGGCACAGGUUCACUCUAGUUUGAUACAUGCAGGGAAGGGAAUGGAAUAUAGGGGAGGGAUCAGAGGUUGUUGCUGGGGUAUCUGAUGUACUUUUGAUUUUUACCAAAUGAAACGGUUUUUGAGUGUCACAGCAGGAGUUAUGUUGUGUUUAAGUACACGUAUGCUGACAUUUCAGUUCCUCCCCUACACUGCCGGCAGGCCAGAGAGAGAUGAUAGCUGGUUGACGUGCCCUUUAACUUAGUUGUACACUGGAACCAAUGGCCUUUUUUUUUUUUUUUAAA